GAAGGAAAAGAAGAAACAGUUGAGUCAAGAGGAACUGAGUUUGGGUGACUCGGACGAGUCGGUGAAUUUGCAGCUGGAAGGCUGUUCAGAGACGAGUUUGGUUACUGAGUUAGGGUCGAGUUCAGACAGUACUCAGUUGGACCGGUCAAGAAGGAGGCGGUUGAGCUUUAUUAGACCGGCGAGAACGAAAGUAGAACCGUUGACUAGGAAGAGCAGCGAUGAGAAUACGAUUGAUUUGGACCACAAUCCACCGGUUCUUACUCCAUUGACUCCACCAUCGCCGAAACCAGACGCCAUUGGACCUUCUUCUGAAUCAGAUCACCAGGGUGAAACUAGCACGACCUGUGAUUGGGAAAUGAAGGAGAUAUUCAGUAGAGAUAGUCAAACAAAGCUCAAAGCAGUGUCUUCUUCGCUUCCUUCGAUCAACGCAGCGACGAGGCCGCUGGAGAAAGCGCUUGCACAGCACUAG